UUUGACAAAAAAUGUCAGUUUGUAAACGAAUUUAUGUGGUGCAGUGGACUGUGGAGCCGUUAGCGUAAAAUAAUUUAUACAAUCCCAAUAUUAUGUGCUCAUUAGUGUAAUUGCAAUAAAUUAUAACUAAAUAAUCUAUUUGCUGUGAUGAGAUUAAAGUGCUACAUUUGUCUGUAAGUGGUCAUAUUUCUGCACAUUCAUGGCUUCCACACCAAAACAAUCGGAUGGCAAAUUGCCAUCCAACAACAACGGUUCCGGUGGAAAGCGGAAAAAGUCUCGCGGCAGCCGUGGGUCCUACUUAUCGAAGUGGCUCGACAGAACUAUGAGCCACAUACAAGAAACAACACCCAGUUCGGAAAUGUACGACUCGUUUGUCGGACCUACGGUCAGGGAUACGAUAUGGCCGGGUUCACAAUUUUCUCCGGGAUACGAUAGUUACAAAUACAAUAUUUAUGGUUCGGAGCCACUAUCGUUGCCAUCUCUGCCUACAUACUACAAUCCUAUGAUGCCACUGCCACCUUACUCCGACUAUCGCGUUAUACAGAAUGAAAAUAAGGGGGUGCAGGUACAAAGACCGCGACCUCGACGUCGGAGCGAGAAUAAAGCCGAAGAGGUGUCCAGUACGCCCGCAGACGCCACACCUACGAGUCAAAACAAUUAUUUGCAGCCAAAGAACUUUACAGACAGUCAGGACUUCACUAGCCUCCCGCCGAUAGUCACGUCUAUGGCUGACACCAACUCCAACAGUGAUACGCAAAAUGAUAAAGACGAUGCUAGCCAAGCUCGGAGAUUCAGUGACCCCUGUGUCGGAGGCCUACCAGAUGUAGCUCAGCCUGCUAAUGGUGAUAUUGAGUCUGGUUCUGAAUCUGGUUCAGGGUUGUCUGGGAGUCAGGUGGGCGGUCGUUUGCUGGCUUGCUUGUUAGAUCAAAUAUCUGCACUCAAAAUGGCUAAUGACAGACUGAAUAAGGAUUUACAGGAGAUGAGAGCUGAACUAGACGCGGUUCGCCAGCAUAAUGGUUACUUUCCAAAGGGACCAAACAGCAUGGGCCCUGCUACAAACAUCAAUGGUAUGGGCGGCCAGUACUCCCCGGGGUUCGUCACGGACUUGGUGCGCGAGAUACGCGACGCGGCGCGCAUGCGUGAGGAGGCCAUGUACGCUCGCCUGCGCGCCUUGGUGCUGGAGAGGACUGACAACGGCCUGGCGUCUGCUGAGGUUAAACUUGCGGAGAGGACUCUUGAAGAAAUCAGGAGCUCUCUGCGUGCUUCAGAAGCGGACAAGCGGCGCAUGAUGGACCGGAUUCUCAAACUGGAGGACGAACUUCGCGUCUUUAGGCUCGCCACUGGGUUCGACCCCAAUGAAGUUCGCUUGAACGGUUCUGCGGAAGACGCCGAGUGUGAAAGACUGCGUCUGCGCAAAGACUUAGCGGACGCGCGCAGAGCCAAGAUAAACGCAGAGGAGCACGCCCUUAAACUCGAACGCCUAGUGACCCAGCUGCGUUCCAAAUUCAACGGCCUCCAGAUAACCAACGGUCCGGACUCACUGCCCAGCGACAACGAACCCGACGCGCGCAUUCGCCGCAUUAGCAACUCGACCAACAAUUCCACCAACAACUUGACAAACUUGCCCAACAACUUGACAAACAACUUGAACAACACGACAGCCAACUCGACGGUCGUUUUUGGACCCGUCACAGAUUUGUAGCGAAUGGAAUUGGGGCAUGUUAUAUGCUACGUCAUUUCUGACUUCCUCAAGUCUGUGCGAUACAGAUUUAGUAAAUCGGACUGAUUGAUUAAGUUAUAUAAUAAUCGUGUUAUGCUGGGGUGUUAUUACACCCAUAGUAUUGUAAACUUAGUUAACUAAAUUGCACUGAAGGUAGGGAUUGUAGAAAAAUCAAUAUGUAACUUAUAAACCGUAAAAUUUCGGCUAACAUCUAUUUCGUUAUUUUGGUAGGCCUUGAUCAUCUUAAAGUAUGUCGUAAGUACUAUUUACGGGACAUCCUGAAUACAUAAAGUCUAAGUCAAAGUCAAAAUUCAUUUAUUGCAAAUAGGCUUAGUUUACAAGCUCUUUCGAAACGUCAUGUAAUAAUAUUAAACUUAAGAUAAUGGUGAUAAUAAUCAUUCGCAAACUUAAUAUUAAAGUUACUAGGGUUCCAAAUGCGCCUUGGUCUGAGAAGAACCCACAACAAACUCAGCCAAGAUUUAAUUUUUUUAUUUAUCAUUAUUUUACAAACUUAUUUAACAUAACACAUAACAGUUAUCUUCUACCAGCAAUCUUCUGCUUAGACAAUGACUUAUUAGUUAUUAUUAUAAAAAAAAUAUUGACAGUACGAUUUCUAGAAAAAUAAAAACUCAAACGCAAUCAUCGAUACUAUAUGUAAAUCGUGUGGGUGUAAUAACACCCAGCUCUUAGAUUUAAGUCUACGAUAUUUUACCUAUGUGAGAACACCAUACUCACUUAUUAGGUCUACGAUUGAUAUUUUUGCCGCGUAUUUGUGUAAGUUUGAGUUGUGCUAACUGUUGUGAAAUUACUAAUUAAUAAUUAAUUAUAUUAAUAAGACAUAUAAUUAAGAAUAUUUAAUUCGUCGAGUGACUAUUGCAGUGUGUUGUGUGGAAUCUCAGAUGUGAUUGUUUAAUUUUUUGUAAUUUUACAAUAUAUAUUCAUUAAUACAUUAAGAAGUGGGAAUUGAUAUGUUUUAAUUAUUAUUAUUUUCUCACGUUAGUGCCGUCUUUUACUUUAAAAUAAUAAUUUUAUGUGUGUUUUAUCUCUCAAUUGAGAUUUAGCAAGUAAGCACUGGGUUAGGUACUUAAGUGGAAUUAAUUAACGAAUUUUUUUAUCUGUGAUUUUUAAUCCGACAAUAUCUUACUGUUGUUAUAAACUUAUAUAGUAUCUCCUAACUCUUAAUCAUGUGUAAAUUAAUUAUUUAUAUUUGACAUCUAACCCAUUCACUCUGUGUCUAGUCUAUGCAGUGAAAUAUGUAACAUCGCACUGAAAAGCUACUGAAAAUUCCAUCUUGGGCUCAUUAGUAGAUAAAUUCAUUACAAUGUUUUUUUUUUAAGUAAAAUACAAUGGGGAUGAUGACUAGGUUUGAAAAUCAAAAUAAGGUCAAUGUUAACUAAUUUAUACGUUAAAAGCAAAUAUUGUCUGGAUUUUUGCAAAAUAAAUAAGAUUAUAAAAUUUCAAAAUCUAUUAAAAAUAUUUUAUCGUAAUUAGAUGAAAAUUCAUACAGGUUUAGCUUCCUUACAUUAAACGUGACAUUUUUCAAUAUAUGAACUUAUAACAUAAACGCAUAAAUAACAAGGACAUUUGUAAUUUUGUUUGACCGCCCAUACACAUCUAACGAUCAUUAUGAUUUACGACGUCAUUAAUACGUGCCAUUUUGUAUGGGGCGUUUUUCAGGGAUCCGUGCUAAUGCCGCAAAUGUGACCCUUUAAAUUCCUGUUGCUCCGAAAGUAAUGAUCGCAGAUAUCCUGUUACUUCUACAAAAUUACUACAAAAUUACUUUACUAUUAGCAUACUCCUAAUUUAUACUUAUACAAUUUUAAAAAACUGUCAUCAUCCCUAUUGUGAUAUUCUUUUUCAUUCAAAAAUAAUUUAAAUAUGUAAUUUAAAUUAAAAGAAGUAAUUUAGUCUUUAUUAUUACACACGUUAGCAGGUAAUAAUAGAAUUUUCUGUAUGAAGAAAAAAAGUUUUACUUUUUGAAAAAAAAAACAACGAUAUCGUUAACAAUGUGCCUCCAGCUUAACGACACUUCUGUCAAUGUUGUCUCAAAGGCCGCGUUUAUUUGUCAAUACUUGUUAUAUUAUUGCUGAGAGAGAACGGUUUUACGGUCACCGGUAUUAUCUCGACUUGAAGUUUUUAAUGUCCUUGUUUGUCUGUGGAUAAAAAUAUUGUUUUUAAAGUACUUAGACAUAUAUUAAUGGUUAACAAUGGUAGAGCAUUUGCUAUGGUUAGUUCUGAGGACAGACUUGAAAAAUUUCUGGCUAUGCCACAUAUAUGGGACUGAAUCCGAAUUAGAAAAGAUCUAGAUAGGUGAUACUAAAUUUUUGACGGCCUCCGUGGCGCAGUGGUGUUCGCGGUGGAUUUACAAGACGGAGGUCCUGGGUUCGAUCCCCGGCUAGGCCGAUUGAGGUUUUCUUAAUUGGUCCAGGUUUGGCUGGUGGGAGGCUUCGGCCGUUGCUAAUUACCACCCUACCGGCAAAGAUGUACCCGCCAAGCGAUUUAGCGUGUCGGUACGAUACCGUCUAGAAACCGAAAGGGGUGUGGAUUUUCAUCCUCCCAACAAGUUAGCACGCUUCCAUCUUAGAUUGCAUCAUCACUGAUCAUCAGGUGAGAUUGUAGUCAAGGGCUAUUGUAAAGAAUAAAAACAAACCUAAAAAAUAUAUUGCGAGUAAGUUCCCAAAAAUUAACUAUUAUUACCAAAUCAUAAUUUGGCCAGGAGUUUUUAGGGAGAUUGCAAUAUUUUACUUGCAACAUUUGAUACUACAUAACAGAUGUGUGACGGUCAUUUCAAAUCGGAUCUUGGACUGUACUUAAUAUAUGUAUCUUUAUUUUGUAUACCUACUUCAUUUUGUAUAUACAUAUAUUGUUAUUAUUAUGUCAGUACAUAUAUUGUUAUUAUUUUUCGUACCUAUAAAGUGUGAAUAUUUGCUGUCUAAUACCUUGUCUAAAUACUCAAAUAGUGUCUAGUUAUUGAUGUUUGUCCAACUACUUAUAAGCGUUGUUUAAAUUUUAUAUUGGAGACAAUAAAUUACGCGAAAGGUUCGGUAGCACGCCGAAAGUGUAAAGCGACAAUUUUUUUUAUAUAAUAAAGUUAAGGAUGUAAAUAAAAAUAUUCGUUAUUUGCAUCGUAACAUUUGUCUCGAUAAUAAGUAUUUCUGUCUGCUUUUACAUUGAAACUAUUAAUCGUAUCGACUAUUUAUUUAUUUUGUUCGCUUGCAGACGCGUGCGACUUCGUCCGCGUAAAAACACUUGAUAAACCUCAACCUUGAAAAAUUAAACAUAUCUUGUCGCAGACUUUUUUUUGAAAUUUUAAAUGUGAACAAAGCUGUCACACAUGAUUUUUGCGUAACUUUUACCGUUUACGCAAAAUACGCAGCGGAAUCACUCAAAAGUUAUAUUUUUUGUUUGUUUUUUCCACAUUUAUCACUAAUAUUCUGCUCCUAUUGGUCGUAGCGUAUUCUUUUGGGUGUGAAAUUGUGCGUGCGGGGAAGUGAGGUGCAACACUCGUGGAUUUCUCAUUUAUCGCUACACAACGCGCGGACCAUCGGGGGUGUUACGAACGAACUUGCCAAGCUAUAACACGAAAAAUAUUGAAUUCAAUUCAAAAUAAAUUUCCGAUUUUAGCGCUUUUAACCAAACUAAGAAACUUCAGCUUUCUAUUAGUAUAGAUUAUAUUCUCAAGAGUCAACGCAUGCCCUGUAAUAUUUCUAACCUAACCACCGACGUCACAUAGUCUAGACUGAUUUUACUAAUUUAUUACAUUACCCAUUAAAGAUAUACCAAAUGUAAAAUUAAUUGUAAGUUGUAGUGAUUUAGUUUUUAUUAAAUUAUUAACACAAUAUAAAUUAAUAUUUAACUUUGAUUUUAUUAUAAGUACAUUAUAUUUACCUAUUUUUUUUUAAAUUAUUUCAAUUAAAGUUAUCUCAAAAAUAACAGCUACGUUUAUUUGAAAUUUAUGGUGCGAUUACCUACUCUAUGGAUUACUCAUGUUUCAAAACAUUUUAAUAUAAAUAUUUCAACUAAAUAGCAUUGUAUACUUAUCAAUAAGUCAAUAACUAUUGUAUACUGUGUAAUAUACUAAAUGACGGUGCCUUAUAUGUAAUCAUGUCCGCCCAUAAUAUAAAGUUGUAAAAAGCUGUUACGUAUAACACCCGGCAAAUAACUUGAACACAAUUUGACAUCCAAGUUAAGUUUUAGCAAUUUACUACAAUAUAUAUCGCUUUUUAACAAGUUUCAAAAUGCAGAACUUUGAAAUAAAAAUGGAAUUUUUAUUAAAACUAAAAAAAAUAUACUUCAUUUUUAAUAGUUCUUAAACUAUAUCUCACAACAAACAAUAUUCGUCUUCCUUGUCUGAUCCACUUGUCACGGUAAAUAGACAAUAUAAUCUUUGAAAUAUACUAAACUACUUUGAGGAAAAUUUUACAAUAGUAAAAUUACUGCAAACGCCUCAUCAGCUCCACGGUAAAGGGGCCCGACUCAUCACUAAGAAGUUCUGGUUCGAUCCCCUCCCGCUGAAUUAGUGUCGUAUUCACUCCUACAACAGACUUUUCCGACUAGUUGGAGGGAAAUGGGAAUAUUGGUUAUAUUAAAAAAAGUCAUUCAAAAUAUCCUUUAAAAUUGUUCAAUUUAUCUGCCGGGACGUGUACUUGUGCCAUUCUUUGCUACUAUUGUAUUUGCUUUAAAUAUCAGUGUGCUUGUACUAAUUUUUAGGUGAUUUAAGUCUGUCGAAUUACAUAAUUAUUUAUUUUAUUUAAAAAUUUUGGUUGUCUUCGUUUAGUUUAGACAGAUUUGAUAUUUCUAUUUUUAUUGAAAAUCAAAGUCAAUGUGUCUUGAUUUGGUAGAAAAUAUAUUUUAAAAAAACCAGUUUGAAAUGUUAUUUCAUUGCCUGACUUUACAUCAAAUUGUAAUGUUUUUUCAAGUUGUUAAUUUUUUCAUUAUUUUACUUAGUUCGGUACUAAUACUGAUGGAUGUCAAUUAAUUUUAACAUUUUGUUCAAUUUAUUGUUAAGACAUGACGUCACGCUGAAUAGUGUGAAAAUUUAUUGAAAUUUACUUGUGUUCAUUCAUACACACCACUACUACAAUAACAAAUUGUAGGUAUGUAGUGAGGUGCUCGCCUUUUUCGACUGACCAAUCCACACAAUAAAUAGGAUUGGCCCAAAUGAAAUCGAUCAUAUCAUGUAGAAAAACAUUCAUAAACAUUAUGCUACGGAAAAUAAAAAAAAACUAGUGAAAUAUUGCAUAGUGCAAUAAUGUGAUAAAAUAUAUUAAUAUGUUAAAAUCUUUUUUUUUCUGAUGCAUAUUAUGCAGUUUAAUAGAUAUUGAUUGAUGUUUUUCCUGGUUUUACCUACUCGUAAAUAAAGUUAAUAAAUCUUUUGCUUUUUUUUUUUUUUAUUGAGAAAGAAUACAAUAAGGAACUUAAGCUAACUUAUCCUAAUAACUAUACAAAUCAUGCCCACGUGGAAUGGUGGCAAGAAUACUGGCUGCAUUUCCGCGCUGGACAGCCAGGCUGAUCCUUUGCGCAAAAAAUGAGCCAGCCCUUCUGUCACCAGUCGAGACAACAAGCCGCGGUGAAAUAGUACGGAAAAAUAAAUAUUUGCUUCAUGUUAAUGCUAGCCUUUCGAAUGGUCUCCUUAAGUUUAAUUCUGUUACGUGAGCAAUAUUUAUUGCACAUAUAUGUAUCAAUAUAAUUAAUGUGCACAGAACAUUUUAUAAUACUCAAUUAUUACCAUAAUUAUUGUUUUAAUUAAUUUGAUUGUCACAAUUUGUAAUUAUAUACGAACAAUGACUGGUGUAAGGUUUUAAUAAAUCAUUACGAAUGUA